AUGUUCCGACAGUCAACUCGAAUCAAAUACGACAAUAAAAAAAAACGAGUGUCCAUAUUCUUGCUUUCUCUCUUCCUUGAUUUUGCCAUCAUUUUUCUUUCUUUUGCUCCGAAUCUUUCUUUCUUUCUUUCUUCAAAUCCCCUUACUUUCUCCCCCCAUUUAAUUAUUUGUUCAUACUCUAUCUUUCUUUCUUUCUUUCUUUCUUUCUUUCUUUCUUUCUUUCUUUCCGACCGACGUCUAUGCGAUAACCUCUUGAAAGUGCCAUCAUUUUUUUUCUUUUGCUCCGAAUCUUUCUUUCUUUCUUUCUUCAAAUCACCUUACUUUCUCCCCCCAUUUAAUUAUUUGUUCAUUUUCUUACUUUCUUUCUUUCUUUCUUUCUUUCUUUCUUUCUUUCUUUCCGACCGACCGCCAUCAUUUUUCUUUCUUUUGAUUCGAAUCUUUCUUUCUUUCUUUCUUUCUUUCUUCAAAUCCCCUUACUUUCUCCCCCCAUUUAAUUAUUUGUUCAUACUCUUUCUUUAUUUCUUUCUUUCCGACCGACGUCUAUGCGAUAACCUCUUGAAGCGCCAUCAUUUUUCUUUCUUUUGCUCUGAAUCAUUCUUUCUUUCUUUCUUUCUUUCUUUCUUUAGAUCCACUUAUUUUCUCCCCCCCCCACUUAAUUAUUUGUUCAUACUUUCUUUCUUUCUUUUUUUCUUUCUUUCUUUCUUACCAGAAUCUUAG